AUGGCCGCCUCGCUCGAUAGCCAUCUUCUCGUGGCUGCUGGCGCCCUCCAGCAGUGUCAGGAUGUGCUCGAUCUCACGACCGCGGCCAUCGCGACCGUUGGGCACGCGAGCGUCGACCAAGGCCUCGAGUUGAUGAAGACUGCCCUGACGAACGCGGCUGCGCUCGCCCUCUCGGAAGCUACGGGCAUCCUGAACAUCAUUCGGUCGUCGCCCUUCAACGCAGCUCAGCGUGCCGAGCUCUCCGAGAUGGAGAGCUCCAGGGUCCAAGCCCACCAGCUGCAGUCGUCGGCCCGCGACCGCGCCGCUGUUUUCCGCCGUGAGCCAGCGCCCGCGGGCCGACAGAGGGGGCAGACUUGCCAUACGUUCCAGACGUACGUGACCGAGAAGAUGUGGCAGCUCUUCAAGGAGCCCAGGACCACCUGGGAUCAGGCGCUACAGGCCAUCGCGCAGAGGUGCGACCAGCUGGGCUUGGUGCACCCGACAGAGCCCACGAUGGUUCACAUGUGGAGCGUGUUCGCGUUGUGCCGCGUGCAAUCCGACGACGAGAUCGACGUGGUCCUGGGCCCCGCGGAGUGCCUCAGGAAGAAGAACGACAUCGCCGACGAGCUGACUUUGCUGAAGAGGCGGCACAGGUUGCGCCACUGGGGGGUCUUGCAGCACUACCCCUCGACGUGCGAGGAGUUGCGCGCGACGUCGCCCACCGUCUACCAGAAGGCCUACCCUGAAGGGGCUCUUCCAGCAACGUGCCCGCUGAACCAGAUCACGAUAGAGGUCCUGGGGAGCCGACUGCCCUGUCGAGUUAGCCGCGGCAGCGUGCGGCGGAGCGUGGUGGCCCCCGCUCGUCGCGCAAGCAUUGGCAGUCGCGUGGACCGCGCCCUCGGUGACAUGAGGCCUGGGGAUCCGUACGUGCCUGGGCUCCAGAUCUACGGCCGCCACCAGGGCCACAGCGACGAGCAGUUCCGCGACUUCGGCAACCAGCCCGCGGGGCACGGCUAUGGGCCCCUGCGCUACGGCGCUCACCACCCGCCGAUGGGGCACGACAACCACCGCCGCCUGCCGUUGGAGGGCGGCCCGACGGGCGGCGGCGUCGGCCUUGGCACCGCGCCCAAGGGGGCGCCAGUCGCCAGGAGCGUCGACGACAUGUCAAGGGCCAUGAAGGAUGCGACCCUCAGGAAGAACGUUGGUGCGGUUGGCGGCGUUGGCGAGGCGGGCGACGGCGGCGUCGGCGGGGCGGGCGGCGAGCAGGGCGCCGACGACGACGAGGGCGCGCUUGAUCCGAAUGGCGCAGAGGGUGCAAACGCCGCGACCGCGAGCAGCCUGCCCAGUCUCAAGUACCCAGGGGCCCCGAAGACCAAGUGGCUUUACACGUCGCUGGAUACGUUCCGCUGGCGCGUGUUCAAAGUCGGUGACAGGGUUGACGCCCCGUUCUCUUUCAGGGUGGAGCCCAAGAAGGCCUGGGCGAAUUUGGUUCGCUACGUUCAGCAGGCAUACGCCUUUGUGUACUCCUCGGUGUACAGUGUUCAAGACCAGCUCGUGAUCGUACUCUCUCUCAUGAGCUCUGUUGUCGGAUACUCUAGCGCCUCUGGUAUUGACGUGGGUGAACUCCGUUUUGGCCAGAGAUUGGUCGUCCCUCAAGACCAGCGCGACUUCAAAGCUAGGUUUCAGAAAGCCUUGCGCAUUGUGCAGCUCACUCGGAUUCUCGAGGUCUCGUCCCGUCUUUGCGUGGCGAUGUCCUUCAGCGUGGUGUUUCGUCCUUUGGGCGUCAUUGCAUGGGGCAUCUGGAGCGCGUUGUUCACGACAGUGAUUUUUCGGUACUGUGGAGAAUCCUGGGGCAGCGCAGUGUGGAAUGCACUUCAGCCUGCAUCGUGGAUGGGAGCUGCAGAGCCGUAUCUCAUGAACCAGGGGCUUGAAAGGCUUUACGGGCGGAACCCAGGUGACACACGUAAGAUCAUAUGGACCUUUAAUUUCGCCCACGGCAUUGAGUCAUUUGCAAUGGUUUUGGUUCUGUACCUUUUCAAGCCCGCUGCGGUGAUUGAUGCGCUUUUACAGGGGCACCAGUCCUACGCGUUCAUUUUUGGGCUGCUGGGUGGCCGCGUCGCCAGCCGCCUCGCCAGCGUCCUCGCCGGCGGCAUGGAGCGGGAGAGCAAAGAGAAGGCUGACAAAGAAAGAGAAGCAAAGAGCAAGCGCGAGGCAGCAGCCAGAUUGGCAGCCACAAAGAAGAAAGUUGAGGAAAGCAGCGAAGAUGAAGAAGAGGAGGAGGAGGAGGAAGAAGAGGAUGAGGCGCAGGAGGAGGAGGAAGAAGAGGAGGAAGAGGGGGAUGACGACAGCGAGGAGAGCGAGGAGCCCAGUGAGAAGGUGGCGAAGAAGGCGAAGCAGGCUGCCGUCAAGAAGAAGGCGUCAACGAAGGAACGAGAUAAGAAACGGAAAGGUAAGGAGAAAGCGAACCGAAAAGGUAAAACCAGAGAAAAGGAAAAAAAGAAACGGAGAAGAAAGAAGGAGAGCUCGAGCGCCAGCGACGAGAGCGCUGGCACCAGCGACUCCUGAGCCAGCGGCGUCGGCGGCCGCUUCCCGCUCGGUCUGGCCAUGUCUCACCCUCGUUCCGCCGCCUCGGCCGAGUGCCAAGACCCCAGUGGCGGACCAUUCAUGGACCGCCGCGUGUUCUCCUUCCGCAUCUUCAUCCCUCUCCUCCCCCGCGCCUCUCUUGCCAUAGCAGCCCAUCGGCAUGCGACCUGGCACCGCGCCCCUA